AUGUCCCCAUUUCGUAUACAAUAUGGCCUUCUUGGAUAUAUCAAGAUGUUGUCCAUAUUACUUAACCGGUCUCGUCAAUCGACCGUAUCAAUGUGUAUUUCUAAAAACUUGAAAAAUUUUUCGUGCUGGUCGAUAGGAAAAAGAGCACUGUCGCAAGAGGUGCUGAACAGAACAUAUCCAUUCAAUAUACAAGAUGGCGGUGCCGAGAAUCCUGUCGUAACUACUCUACUUCUCCUUACUACGUACAAUUCUCCUAAUAUUCCCUUCUUUCUCCAUAUCAACAUCUCUUGUACACUAGCCACCACCUCACUCACCUAUCCAUAUCCUAAUACCUAG